AUGAAUGGCAAUGCUUUCCCAUCCCAGGAAGCUACAAAGCUACUGGUCUGGUCAGCAGCCGAUGAGAAGACUGCCUCACGGGUUGCUCAGGGUUAUAAGGAUUUUCUUUCAGAACACACUGAAAGCAGAUCGCUAGCGUACCUAGAGGCCCUUGCAUUCACCUUAUCGCGGCGUCGCUCUCAAUUUCCCUGGAGAACUUUCUGUGUCAGCGAUCCUAGCCAGGGGCUCGGCAACCUAAGCGUUUCCCCGGCCGUGCAGGUCAACUCAAAGCUUCAGGUAUGCUUUGUGUUUACCGGACAAGGAGCUCAUUGGGUGGGCAUGGGGAAGGAGCUCCUCGACUACGACGUCUUCAGGCGCAGUCUAGAGGAGUCAGACACACUCCUCCACAAUGUUGGAUGCCACUUUUCAGUUCUUGAAACUCUGUACAGUGAUAAGGGCACCGAACUGAAUCAACCAGAGUUCUGUCAGCCGGUUUGCACAGCUCUACAGGUUGCCCUCGUCGAACUCCUAGCGGACUGGAACGUCCAUCCAUUUGCUGUGGUAGGUCAUUCGUCCGGAGAGGUUGCCGCUGCAUACUGUGCCGGAAUCAUCACUAAAAGCUACGCUCUUGAGCUGGCCUUCUUCCGAGGCUUAGCUGUCUCGGCAACAUCGCGAAUAGGUUCUCCAGAUGGCGGCAUGCUGGCGACACGGCUCUCAUCAGAUAAAUGCUCAGAGCUGCUUGCAGAACUUGCAAAUAGUCAGAAUCCCGAAACACGCAACAUUGGUAUCGCGUGCUACAACAAGCCCCAGAACUUGACCUUAUCCGGAGGUACGAAUCGAAUCGAAAGACUGGCACUCACUCGAUUGUAUCAUUUAAGUAGCCUUCCUUGGGAUUACGCGUGGGGGACAAGUUGA